GUCUUCUAUUCGCGGACUUUUUCUUUUUAAAAAAAUAAAACUUCGAUCCUGCGCAGUUAGAACGAGUUGUUCCCAGGGCCGCGAAUUGAAAAGCAAAAAAGUAAAGCGCUGACUCCUUAUAUAUUUUAAAAAAAAUGCGUUGGGAGGGGUUAUUUAUUUCAGACAAAUGAAUAUAAAUGGAACCUAACUCAUGGGCUUCCAGUGACCAACGGGAAGAUGUGGAAGAUUUGCUUGCUAACAUUGUAGCAUUAAGAGGUCAUCUAAAGAAAACAGAAAAAACUUUACAAGACUUGGGAGAACAGCUUUAUAGUAAUAAUUCAAAUUCUGAACUUGGUGUUCAUGACAGUGAGCUUGAAAUUUUAACACUGAAAGAUCUGGUUGAUUCUUCUGAAUUACAGAAUAGUACUGUGAGCAAAAUGUCUUGGCAUAACAGUGAUUCUUCAAGGAAACCCAGGAGCAAAUCAUAUUCAGUGGCUUUUGAUAAGAGUAUGGAAGAGGAAAAUGAACUUCUAAGGGACAAACUGAAUGUAGUCCGUGAAAACAAUGCUGCAUUAAUUUCUCAGAAUCACAAACUAAUGAAUGAAAUUGAAACUUUAAAGUUUGAACUAAACCAGGCAAGAGCACAAAUAUCUUUCCUGGAAUCUACUUUGAGUACAUGUUCAGUCCAUGUUCCAAUAUUAGAAGAACAGAUAGCAAGCUUGGAAGCAGAUGUUCAAGCUCAGGAUAGUCUUCUAAAAGAUACAGAAGAUAAAUUAGAAGAAAGCCAGAAAAUGCUAAUGGAAAAAGAAUGUGAUUUGCAGAAAUUAAAGGAGGAUUAUAGAAAAAUGAAGCAUGAUUUAAUUGGAUGGUCCAAACAAGGGAAGAGAACUGAACAGCAAAGAAAUGAAGCACUGUAUAAUGCUGAGGAGUUGACAAGAACAUUUAAACAGUACAAAGAGAAAAUAACUAAUAAACUGGAAAAGGUCCAAGUUGAAGAACAAAUUUUAGAAAAAAAGUUAAUAAACUGUGUAAAUGAAAAGGAGAAGUUGCUCACACAAUGUAAUGCCUAUAAAAGUGAGCUUGAAAAUAUAAAAGCUCAAUUGAGACUGUUAACUGAAGAGAAUUGUACUGGAAUACAAAACCUUAAAACUAUGGAAACAAAAAUGUCUGAAGUGGAAUUUUUGCUCAAACACUCUCAGCAAAAGAAUCAGAUCCUUGAAAAUAAACUUCAGGAACAAAAAACAGGACUUCAAGAAAAAAAUGCCAUAAUAAAUGAAAAUGAAGAUUUAAAAGCACUAAUUGCACAACAAAAAAAUCAGCUUAACUUGCAUCGUCAAGAAAUUCAACAUUCAAAAAUUGAACUGAAAACUUUAGAAAAUGUUAUUUUCCAGUUGACCCAAAGCUCAUCAAAAGAGGAUAAUCACUCUAAUGAAAUGUGCAGCAAUUGGUCUGAAAUAGAUGGUCUUCUGAAAGAAGAGCUAAGACAAAAAAUUAACUUUCAAGAAGCAGGAAUUCAGAAACUUCAGACAGAAUAUGUGACCUGUAAGUUAGGUCAAGAUUGCUCUGAAGAUGAUGAGGGACAGGAAUUGAAUGGUCUAGAAACUGAACCAGUAAAACUCAGUGGAAAUCAGGCAGGGACAAAGUGCGAACAACUGGAACUUAUUAGUAAACAAUUUGAAAAAGAAAAGCAAAUAUUAAAUAGAAAUUUAGAAGAACUGCGUAUUAAACUGGAAAAAUCAGAAGAAGAAAGUGCUAUUUUAAAAAACAACAUCGCCCAGAGAACUAAUCAAUUUCAAACAAUACAGGAAGAGCUAUUAGAGAAAGCUGCAAAAUCAUGUCGCUUGGAAAGAGAAGUAGCAAGAAUAUCCUCCCAGUUUUCCAUCCUUGAAAAACAGUUGGAAGAAAAAACUUUUGCUUAUGUAACUGCACUUGCAAGAAAUACUGAAUUGGAACAGGAAUUAAUGGCAAUGAACUCUGAGCUUCAAAGCAUGGAAAGAAACAUCACUAAAGAACAAAAUCACUUCUCUACAAUAUUAGAAGAAACAAAGUUAAUUAAUCAUGAGCAACAGAAGGAGAUGAAAAACCAAAUUGAUUUACUACAGUCUCAACUAGAAACUAAAAACCAACAAUUUCUAGAACAAGAGAAAACAAUGUCCAUUUUCCAGCAGGAUAUUUUAUAUAAACAACAUCAGCUUGAAUCAUUGGAUCGACUAUUAAUAGAAAGCAAAGAGGAAAUGAAAAAACAAAGAACAAAAAAAGAUGAAGCUUUAAAGAAAUUACAAGACCAAUUUGCUGAUGAAACUGUCAAGGUCAAACAUUUACAAAAAGCGUUAGAAAGCUGUAAGCAAGAUAUAGCUUUGUAUUUAGAACAUUUAGAAGAAAAUAAAGUGUUGUUUGAAAAGCAAUUGGAGAAAAAGUCUGAAGAGAUACAGAGGUUGCAAAAAGAAAUAAAGCAUAAGAAUGACAAUCUUCAGUCAACUAGUGAACAAAAUCUUGCUCUACAGCAGAGUCUACAGCAGCAGCAGCAAAUGUUACAUCAAGAAACCAUUAGGAAUAGUGAAUUAGAUGACAGCCAAGUAUACCUCCAAAAGCAGGUAUCAAAACUAGAGCAAGAACUUCAAAAGCAGAAGGAUAUGUUGGAAGAAGAAUUGAGAAGAACAAAUGAAAGGCUUCAUUUAGCCACUGAAGAAAACAAUGUGAAACGGCAAAAAAUAGCAGAACUUACUGCUACAAUCAGGCAGAUUAAACAAGAGAUGGAUCAGUGUAAAGAUGAGUUAAUAGACAUGGAGAAAGAAUUAGUGCAUUUAAGAAGAGACGGUCAUAGUAAAGCGACGCAGCUGAGCCAACUGGAAAUUACUUUACAGCAGAGAAUCUCAGAAUGUAAUAAAAAGACACAUCAAGUGAAAGAAUUAGAAGAUAAGCUGCUUAUAAGUGAGACCCAGCAAAAAGAUUCCAUACAGAAAAUAGAAUCUCUAGAUAAUGACCUGAAAAACACCACUGGGGAGUUAAAAACUACUUUGAGACAACUGCAAGACCUUCGGGAUACAUUACAGAAUGCACAGAUAUCCCUAGAGGAGAAGUAUACUACUAUCCAUGAUUUAACAGAUGAAUUAAGAGAAUGCAAGGAUGAACUUGAAGAGAAAAAGCAAGAACUUCUUGACAUGGAAAAAGUGCUGAAAGAAAGAAAUUGGGAUUUGAAACAAAGAGCAGCUCAGGUUACACAGUUGGAUAUGUCAAUUCGUGAAUACAGGGGAGAAAUGGAACAAAAAAUAAUUACAUUGCAAGGUAGCUUGGAAAAAGCUGAGCUGCAGAUAAAAGAUUAUAAUAAACAGAUUGAAAGUUUGGCAAGCAAGGCACAACGUUCAAAAGAGGAGCUUCAAGAACAAGAGUAUAAUAUUCUUCAACAAGAUCAAGAGAUAAAUCAUCUUAGAAAAGAGAAUGAACAAAAGCAGCAAAGAAUAACAGAUACUGAGAAAAAGCUGAAAGAUCAAGAAAGGCGUAUUGCAGAACAGUAUAAAGAAAUACUUGAUUUGGGGCAACAGUUGAGACUGGAACGUGAAGCAAUGAAACAAGUUCAUGUGGAUCUAUUAGAGAGUCGUCGCCAACAGGCUCAAGCUCAGAGAGAUGUGGACAGGAUCUCUCUUGAACUGGAAGAAGUGAACCAUAUCUCACAUGAAAAAGAAACCCGUGUAAAUAAUUUGGCAGAACAGUUGGGAGCAGCUCAGGUGCGAGAAACUGAGUUAGAAGCAAGGAUGCAAACUGAGAUUAAAAGGCUCACUGCAGAAAUACAUUUGCUAAAACAGUCUUUCUUAUCAGAGAAACUUUCCCAUGAAGAAGAACAGACAAAAUGGCAGCAGUCACUAUCUAAAUCUCAUCAUGUUAAUGGGCAACUACAACAGAUCAAAAUGGAACUGGAUGAUGCUCAAGACACUGUUUAUAAUCUACAACAACAGCUUCAGUCCAGAGAUGAUACGAUUCAAACAACCAAUGAAAAGUUGCUUCUUAAAGAAUCUGAACUUACAAGAUUACAAACAAGAAUUGCAGUUCAUGAAAGAACAGCAAGCAUCAAGCAACUAAUAGAACAUCAUUGGUCUGAUGAUCAAGGACUUGACUUUGCCAAGCAUUCCACUUGCAGAAAACUACGGCGUUCAACAAGCACCAGUGAUCUAAAUAUUAAGGACAAUAAAAACAUACUAAGUCAAAACCAGACAGUUACACUACACUCUUCAGUGAGUUCUGAAAUGUCAAAGUAUAUAUCUCAUGCUUCAUCAAAGAGUUUGAAUGAGUCUUCCUUUGAUCCUUUGACAUACAAUGUAGACGAAGAAGUAACUUGUAACAGUAAUGACUUUCAAACACUCAGUGGCAUGCUGAAGUAUAUCAACAAGGAGAUAAAGGAUUCUGAAAAUUCUUCACUAUAAUUUUUAUCUGCUGUAAAGAAAAAUCAAGAAGAAAGUUUCUGAAGAAAUAAGUGUGCUGGCAUGCAACUGACCACAGAUGGAUUUAUGGGCACGGCAUGGAGUUCAUAAGAACAGUUUAUAGAAACCACAAAUAUAAUUAUUUUUAGUAACUUUCCACCGAAAAUUAUUUUCUGUGCUUUUUCAGUAUUUAUAUUAUUUCUUACACUAGUAAUG